CUGGCGGGGGAGGAGAGAAGGAGGAGGAGGAGACGUGGGGGGUGGAGUUCCGGGGUUGCCGAUCCAAGCGCCGAGCGCUUGCAAGCAGGGGCCGCGAAUCCGCAGUGCUAAUUUUCCCGUCUCCAGAGAAGAUGGCGGAGACUUUGGGGGUCUCUGAGAAGGUGACCCUCUUCCGCCAGGAAGGGAGCGUCACUUACCGCAUCCCCGCUCUGCUCUACCUGUCUUCGGAGUCCACCUUCCUGGCCUUUGCGGAGGAACGCACCUCACCCCAGGAUGAACACGCCAGGUUCCUAGUGAUGCGACGUGGCCAGAAAGAGGGCCUGUCCGUGAAGUGGGGCCCCCUGCAGAUUCUGGAGACCGCCGUCCUACCCGAAUAUCGCACCAUGAAUCCGUGUCCAGUGUACGAUGCAAAGGAAGGCACCAUUUUCCUGUUCUUCAUCUGUGUUCUCGACCACAUCACCAACACAUACCAGAUCUGGACGAGCAAAAAUGUCACCAGGCUGGGCUACAUC